AUGCGCUUCUCACGAGUUGUGCCACUUCUGCCCUUGGCGACCGCUUUGGUCAUUACCGAACCCGAAGUCUUCUCCAAGAUUGAAAAGUCGGGACGGCGGCUCGUUGACAAUGCUCAAACUAUCCUUGAUGAUGCACUCAGCAAGGUCAAGGAUGGAGCAAACGAUGCAUAUAGCAAGUUCCACCAUAUUGGCUACGAUGUCGAGGCAUGGCUAGAGGGCGAGGAUUUUGACGACAGCGUCAUCGACCUUGAUCACCCCCAUGGCCCUCACCAUGGCAAACCCGACCAUCCGCCACACCACGGCAACCCUCACCACCCACUGCACCACGAGAAGCCAAACCGAACCGUUUACGAGCUCAUCAACGAGAGCAAGUACACUACAAAGCUAGCUAAGCUGAUCAACGAGUUUGAUGAUGUCGUCGAGUUGUUGAAUGGCACUGCAGCCAACUAUACCAUUUUUGCCCCGACGGAUGAGGCUUUUGAGAAGAUCCCCAAGAAUCACCCAAAACCAUCAAAGGAGUUCUUGAAGGAAGCUCUCUUGUACCACGUCACUGACAGCUUGUACCCUGCUGGUCGUGUUCUCCACAGCUUCACCAUCCCUACUCUAUACACAACCAGCAAGAACCUCGGUCACGCUCAGCGUCUAACUCCCCGAGUCACAUUCAAGGGCCCCACAAUCAACUACUACAGCCGCCUUGUAGCUGUAAACAUCUUUGGAACCAACGGCGUUGUUCACGGCGUCGACCACAUCCUUGUGCCUCCUCCCAAUGUUGCCACCAUCAUCGAUCUGCUCCCUGGCUCCUUCAGCACCCUGGAGCUUGCUCUCACCAAGACUGGUAUCUAUAACUGGCUCAACACGACCCAGUACGAGCACAACGGUGGCACCUUUUUCGCCCCAAGCAACUACGCUUUCAAGAAGCUCGGUCCUAGAGCCAAUGCCUUUCUUUUCUCAAAGUAUGGCGAGAAGUAUCUCAAGGCUCUCCUAGAGUACCACUUGGUCGUUGACGAGACCCUUUACACGGAUGCCUUUUUCGAUGGAUCCGACGACGAUGAUGAUGACGACGAGUCUGCUAAAGACCGCCCAGAUUACUACCACUACGAUCUCCCCACCGUGCUGGAUGACAAGUACCUUGCUGUCGAUGUUACGCGCUACGGACCUUUUGCCGAGAUCCGAAUCAAUGGUUUCUCGCGCGUCACUAUCCAUGAUGGUAUUGCUAGUGACGGUGUCAUCCAAGUCGUUUCUGAUGUUCUCAUUCCACCCAAGAACGCUGGUGGCGAGCAAGUCUUCUGGGAUGGCGAGGAGCUUGAUGUCGAGGAUCUCAAGGAGCGUCUUGAGCCUUUUGUUGACAACAUGGAGUUGUAG